AUGCAGCGUGCGUUGUUCACUGAAGAUGAACUCAAAAAAGCUAGCGAGCGGCGACUAAAGUAUCAAGGCGUCGCCCGAGUGAAAAUAUCGGAUAUCCAUUUUACUGAUUCGCAAAGGGAUUAUGUUGAUCAGAAGAAUAUUGACAGAUUAUGCAAUAUAUUCCGGAAGGCUCGUUGUCAACGAUUUGAGCUCGCCAACUACGUACCUGCUAUAGUGUCACGCCAGGCAUUAUCAGAGGCAAUACAGAAUGCUGGCAUUUCUGCUCGCUCGCUUAUCCAAAGCUCGGGGGUUGACAUACCCACUUUGAGUUUUCCAGGGGGUCAACUGACCGGUUUGCAUGGGCGUCAUCGCUUGUAUGCUGGCGCUAAGGUAUUAGCCCCUAAUGAGCGAUGGUGGACCGUGGACAUCUAUCUCGACGACUUGAGUGAAGAGCUCAAAACAUCUAUCAGCGAAGAAUACUCGAGUGAGAAGCAACUCACUGACGGGGAAAUAUAUAGAAAAAUCCGCCAAUAUGAAAGCGACGGGAACAGAAUACUUCGACAAAAGUGGGUGAUGCGCUUAUCUUCUGAUUGGAAACGCAAACGUUUAGAGCAACUAGGGAAAGAGAAAAAUGAGCAACUCCGUGAUGGUUUUGAUAAGUUACUAGCCAUUCCCGGUCUCUGGCUUCAUGGAAUGAGAAUCAGCAUGCUUCAUCGUGUUAUUGCCCUUGUUUCUACCGAGGAGAUUCUGACCUAUCUCGAUCAUAUUUAUGAUACGUAUCACUUUUUUGUCGGCAAUAAUCAACGUGCACUUCGGUUGAUUGAGACCGAAUCUGUCCUAAAACUCCAGCUAAAAGCCCCGGGAAACUGUGACAAGGACGCGAAAGAGUUGAUGGGGCUGAUAUUCAGCGGGCAAAUUUUCUCUUCUUUUGGCGAGUCGGAACGCAAGGAAAUUUGGGAAAGAAUCAAACGCUUUGAUGGGAUAAUUCCAUCCCUAGAGACCUUCUGGGACGACUUUAUCUUUUUUGAGCAAUGCGCACAAUGCAUGAGAUGGCUCUUUGGAGUCACAAGCACCUCCAUAUGGAAUACAAUGAAGGGUUGUUUCCUGGCAGAUUCGGGGGAAAAGCUGUCCUCAAUACAAAUAUCAGAGUCCUCAUUCCACCAAGAACCCGGUAACGACUCUGAUAGGCUGGACAUGGGAUAUCGGCAGCUUUGGCUGUAUACAAUGCGUCACUAUAAUUCGAUGCCCCUUCCAGCCAAAUGUGAGGAUGAACUUCUUGUUAAGCGAGAACGCGGGGAGCUUGACCAGAGUGUCAUUUUUAAUUUCGCGGAACUGGCUCAAAGCCUUGGCUUUCGGUCGAAAACUAUCGAUAACCUUCUUCAAAGAUCGCCAGAUCGUCUAAUCGCGCGUCAUGCUCUGUUGCAAGCUCGAAAACCAGAAUAUUUUAAAUAUGAGCCUACCCAGUUUGAAUCCCUCAUUGACCGAAUCUCUGCUUGUUUUUCGCAAGCUGUUGAAUAUAAUCGGCCGACCUCAGAGCUUUUGGCAGACAGCGAGGUACAACCCAGGAAAAGAUGUGGGUUUCCGCAGGAAAAGGCCCAUGCUCAGGAUGCUCCACACCUAUUUCUCGACCAAGUCCAUGCCGAAGCUGCGUUUGCGCCUGUUACAACUUAUUACGUUCGUCGUUGCUUCUACUAUGCCUUUCUUGGAAAACGCUCGCUUCCAAAACAAGGAGCUGGAAGAUCAGGCCCAAGCGUUCCGCCUAGGGAAAACUCACCUUUGUUCGUUGAUGAAAAUGAACCGUCCCAAUUUGCACCCCAUACACAUACGAUCGACAGUAUGCCAGACAUUGGAUCAGGGCAAGCGCGCCCACUAUAUGAGAACUUCAAAACACGUCGCGCCCUUGAAGGUCACAAUAGUCCUAACAUCGAGGACAGGAAGCACGGUGAAAGGAAUUAUUUCUUAGAGCCAGAUAGGCUCUGUGAAAAAAGUCCAGAGGAUGAUAUCAUGGCCUCUCAGAGCUCAGAAGCCUUUGAAUCAGAGCCUGAAGAGGAGGCAUUUGGGCAGGUUGGAGAACACGAACCCAAUGCGUCUCCUACGAACCCUUUGCUUAACCGCCAAGAGCUAAGGUCCUCUCCGUCUGAUACUAGUCACAAGAGUGAUUACCUUGCUGGAGGAUCAGAUCAGCCUUCAACGCCCGAUGAAAGUGACUCCUCUCAUGAGAGCUCCUCCGCCCAUAAGAGUGCCUCCCCUCGUGAGAGUCUCAAGUCUGGAAGCCCAACUCCGGCUCAAGUUUACUCUCCAUCUGUUUAUUCCACGAGGGGAAGAAGCAGCGUCAGAGAAAGUGAAGCACGGCAAAACUUUUCUGAAAAUAUAGCUAGGUCGAUGCAAGAGCGAGAGAGAAUCGAUGAAGACUGGGAACGAGAGAGGCUCGAACAGGAAUAUGGUCUGCCCUAUUCCGGGGAUGUUCCGGAGGAGAACUUCAAGUCCUGCGAGGAUCGCCAUACAGAGGAACAGGAGAUCUCUUCGUCUAAUUUGGAUAUUGACGAGACAAGAAUUGCUAUUGAGGCCGAACAUAACCCAUCACGGCAAGACCAUCGUGUGACCAGAUUUGACCUCGGCGGCUCUGCGCCAGUACAGGCCGGGGAGGGAGAUGUUUCUGCCCAGGCGCUUGUUCCUUCAGACAAUGCUCAAUCCUCUGAGACACGGGAGCAAAUUGAUUUUAAAUUCUGGUCUUACCUUAAUGACGACUGGUCUUUAUCUGACCACUACCGGGUCGAUCCCGCGGAUCCCUUCAUAGUAGAGCGUAUCGCAACAAAAUACAUGAGGAAAGGGUUUUCCAUCUAUGAUAAGUCUUUGAAUAGUCUGAGUCCUCAGAUGUGUUUUCGCGCGGGAAUCGCGGACGCGACCAACGCCGUUUUUGUGAUUUCGAGAGAAACAGAGGCAAAACUUGUGAAAGAGGACAGAUUCAAAAUGCAUGGUAUCAACAAAACUAUCCAAGAACGUGAAGAGAUUCGCCGAGUGGAAAAGCCAAAGCGUUCUAAACGGAUUCGCCUUCGGAGCGAAAGUCUCUAA